CCCAUGUUUUCAUGCCCAGUGCAUGUAGGAAUUUUGGAGAACUACUCACAGUCACUGUGGUAUCUCCCCACAACCCACAGCGCUAUAAAUUCCACAGAGAGGAACAAAGUCUCUUUUCCCUCCAGUUUUCCCACACAUCAAGGAUGGGGGCUACAGCACCGCGUGCCACCCUCCUGUUGCUCUCAGCGUUCCUGACUCUGACCCAGACCAAGAACCAGAGCUUUACUCGUUCACACUUCAUGCGGUAUUUGGUAACCACAACUGCAUCUCGUCCGGGUCUUCGAGAUUCCCACGUCUUCAUUGUUGGCUAUGUAGACUACAUGCAGUUUAUGCGCUUUGACAGUGAUGGAGCUAAUCAGAGGAUCCAGGCGCGAGGGCCCUGGGUGAAGCAGAUGGGGUCUGAGUAUUUGGAGUUGGAGAGAAGAGGUUCGGAGAGUUAUUCACACAGGGCCCGAGAAAACCUGCGAUUCGCAAUCCGGGUCUAUAACCAGAGCGAUAACGUCUCUCAUACCUUCCAGUGUUUACUCGGUUGUGACUUGGGGCCAGACGGAAGCCUCCUCCGUGGGCACUAUAGUCAUGCUUUUGAUGGCCACAAUUACAUCAGCCUGAAUUCAGACCUGAGAACAUGGACUGCGGCAGACAGGACUGCUCAGAUCACGCAGCGACAGUGGGAGGCAGAUGGUGUAGCAGAGCACUUCAGCCACUUCUUCAAUGGCUUUUGUGUUCUGUGGCUAUUGAAGCACUUGAAGAUAGGGAAGGAGCUUCUACAGCGCUCAGAUCCCCCCAAAACAAAUGUGACCCAUCACCCUACACUUAAAGGUGAUGUCACCCUGAGGUGCUGGGCCCUGGAUUUCUACCCUGCUGACAUCAUCUUGACCUGGCAGAGGGAUGAGGAGGACUUGACCCAGGACAUGGAACUUGUGGAGACCAGACCUUCAGGGGAUGGAACCUUCCAGAAGUGGGCAGCUGUGGUGGUGCCUUCAGGAGAAGAGCAUAGAUACACAUGCCAUGUACAACAUGAGGGGCUGCCUGAACCCCUCAUCUUGAAAUGGGAGCCCCCACCCUCUCCCACCACCCCCAUCACGAGGAUCACUGCUGGUCUGCUUCUCCUUGGAGUUUUGCUCAUUGGAGCUGUGGCUGCCAUUGUGAUGAGGAGGAAGCAUGCAGGGUCUCACACUGCACCCCAGGCUGGGCUGGAACUCACUAUGUAGUUGUGAUGGCUAAUCUUCAUUGUCAGCUUGACUGGAUCUAGGAUUGUGACUCUCCUACAGCUGAAGGCUGAUUCUAUCAGACCCUGCCUUGCCACAGAUAACCAUGCCUCUCUGCCCACCUCCUGCUAAUUGCCCUGCCUCUCUGCAAGUUCCAGUUAUGUAGGAAGUCCCUCCUCCAGAGACUGAAGAUGAAGCUGCUGAUUGGGCCAAGUUCCUGAUGAACUUGGGGGAGGGGUUUUACUUUACCUAUCUACCUGUUUGUUUGUAACA